AUGCAUCACAAUGAAGCCGCGUAUCAUCAGAAGGGGGAACAACACCUGCAGGUUAACAUGGAGGUGGCCAAACAGACGCUGAGGAAGAAGUGGAGUGACAGUCAUAAUGGGCCUUUGCGGGAUAUCUAUUCGAAGGAUGGACAGGCAAAAAAGGAAAGUUGGGGGGAAGAGAAACAUUGUAGGGGAGGCCAAAUGAAGAACCACACACCUCCGAACAGCAACGCGAUUGAUGCGAAACUAAGUAGCCUACGGUCCACGUUUCGUAACUCUUACGUCAACGUACUAUAUUUUAAAAAAUUGAAAUUAAAUAAAAAAUUGUUCGAAAAAAUGAAAAACAAAAAUAUUGUCAUAUAUUUAAAGUAUAAAGAAACAACAUGCACAAGUAAAGACAUCCAAGUCACCAACUCGGAAAUAGCUAAUUUAUAUUUGAGCUUUCUCGUUACCGCGCCCCUCGCAAAAAAUGAAAAACAAAUUAUCAAAAUAUACAUAAAAUAUUUUAAAGACAAGAAAUAUAAAAUUCUUUCAUUUGGAUUUGUUGAAUUAAAUUUUGAGGAGUUCACGGAAAAAUUUUAUAAAAAAAAAAGCUACAUGUUAUGUUACGACAAAAAUAGCAAUAAAUAUGUCUUUGGCUACUUCGUGUUGUUGUUGGCCAAUCAGAUAAAGUGGACCAUAUGCAACAGGAAAAUUUCGCAUGAGUUCACUGACAAAUCUUACUUCGUUUGGGAUAGAAAUAAUUAUGAUCAUCAGAUUUUUUACAUUUGUAAAAAAAUUCAGAGUUUUUUAUUGCAAUCUGUUCGCUCCCGAGGGGGUAGUCAGGGGCACACCUUUCAAAGCCGCGCCCUGCUCAAGCAUUUCGGCGUCACGCACAGCUGCCCGGGGACGUUCAGGUGGAGGCGAUCACAGGAAAGGAAACCCGCUGGGGGAAGCACGUCUAGCAGCGCGGGGGACCAAGAAGGGGGGAACUGCGAAGGGAGUGAAACACAGCGGAAGACAGAAGUUUGUGGGAGUGAGACUCAUUUGAAAACCGCCCUACGCGGGAGUGAGCCCCAUCAGAAGAUUGCCCUGUGCGAGAGUGAAACCUAUCAGAAGGGCGCCUUAUUUGAGAGUGAGCCCCAUCAGAAGACCGCCCUGUGCGAGAGUGAAACCCAUCAGAAGGGCUCCUUAUGUGAGAGUGAAACCCAUCAGAAGGCGGCUUUAUGUGAGAGUGAGCCCCAUGGGAAGACCGCCCUAUGCGGGUCCUUAACGCGCAUGCUGGAUACGUCCCCAAGUGAAGGGAGCCAUAAAGGCGAACGAAGCGCGCGAGACAACCAAGACGAUGUCAUCAAAAAGAGACCCUCAAAAAAGGGUCCAGAAGAACCGGGUACAAAUGGCCAUCAAGUGGAAGAGUCAUACGAGCCAAACGAGCCCAACCCUUUGCCCCCCGCGGAACCUAUUCAUAUCGAAAAAUGUGCCACUGAUGAAGCGGAAAAGUGCGUCCCAUAUGCGGCGCAGUACGAUGCCACCCACUGCCUGGAAAACAUAACCGCAGGUCCCUUCUCUUCAACGGAGGAUCUGGAUCAAACAAUGCAAAAGGAGAAUAUUCCAAGUUGCGCUGAAGACGGUCGAGUGGUGGGAACAAUCACACACGAGCAAAGCAGCAGUGUAGAAGUGCAUAUCGAUGCGUAUAAACACUCCGAGUUGCGCGAAAAGAGCAGAUCUUACUCCGAUGCGCGGGACGCUUACUAUGAAAAGCAGAAGGUAGAAAAGGACGAGCCGCUGGGGAAAAAUUCUUUUGAUUUAAUUCUAUGCAAAAAGGUGGAAAAUAUUUUAAACAAUGAUGUAGACCAUUUUGUAGAGGAAGUCCAAUUUAUUCUCACACACUUAAAAAAAAGGAUCAUAAAAACAAAUGAAUUUUUUUCGAGCCAGCUAAAAGAAGGGUACCCUGACGUUGAAGUGGUAGAGGAACACCAUGCCGCAGAAAAGGAAGACAUGAAAAACGAAGAGGAUGAAGAUAAAAAAAAAAAAAUCCCCAUUGCCCAUCUCACAAAUGGUGAAAAACAAAGUCAACAGAACUGUAACAUAAAUAAGGACAUACUUACCAUUUUGCAAAAUUGUGUAAACACGACUUCGCUUUAUAUUAAAUCCGUUUUGAAGGACAAACAUGUAAGCAAACAGGAGAAGGACAUUUUUGUCGUGUACGAUGAUAUCGUAGAUAAUAUAAAAAAGGCACUAUCCGAGUUUCUGCAAGAGGGCACAACAUCACAUGAGCAGAAUUUAAAUAUUUCGCAAAUCAAGUCGAUAAAUUUGGGAAAAAAAAAGAAAGAAAAAAAAUUUACAAAAAAGAAAAGCCAAUCUGACUCGCCUAAAAUGUGUGCCCUUCAUAAAGAGAGCCAUGUAUCGUCCGAAAUGAGCAUUGGCGAGGGUUCGCGCGACAAACUCAAGAGCUACAUCGGCAGACACGUUUCGACGGCCUUGCGAUACUAUGAGGAUAAGUGGAAGCGCAAGUUAUCUGGAGCUCGCAGCUACGUCUGA